AUGGAGAUGCCAAAGCUAGAGUUCGACAACAGCAUUGUGCAUAUUACUCUGCAACAACGACCAUUGGAUCGCGCGCUCUUGGAUAAGGGUAUGAAGGAUAUACUCGACAUGUUCAACCGCUUUGUGCCCGUUGGGGACCCGCGCCGGCUCGAGGUGGAAAAGCAAGGCCUCAAGGAUCUCGACAAGGUCAUCGAAAUGGGCAUCGCGUACUGCUACCACCAUGGCGUGCUCGCCACCGUGGAAGGUGUCCUCGAAGAUCUUGAGAACAAACUAGCAGACAUCAAGACCCCUCCGCAGGGCCCGCAAGCAUACACAAUGUACGACUCCUCUGAAGAUGAGAGCGAGCCUGAAGACGAGGCGAAGCACAAGCACGCACGCGGGCCUCUAAACACAAGCCAGCCCGACACGGAAGACAACUCCAAAAACCAGAACGCCGGUACUAGUACAGAAAGUAGCUGCGCGACGUUUGUACCACCAGUCUAUAUACCCUACACGAAGGUUUUUUUUUGUGGUCAAACAGAAUCUAAUCUUCAGUGA